CUCAUCCCUUAACUUCUCAGUCCAACCCAACACUCUACACAGAGAUAAAGAGAGGAAGCUAGAGAGAGAGAGGGAGAGACAGAGAGAGCGUGGCAUUUCUGUUUGUGUGUUUUUGCUGUGUCUACACAACUCCUUCAACGGAUCUUUCUCUCUCUAUCUGUCUCUACCCGUGACCUUCUUGCUAUAGCUAGCAACCUGCCUGUGGUUGUGCCCACAAAAUAGAGUCCCUUCUUCUCUUGUUUUUAUCCUCUCUCUUCUCUUUAUAUGCUGAAUUUAUAACUGUUUGUGGACUCGGAGUCUUUGCUUCUCUUAUUAAUCACCUCUCCUUUUAAAAACUCACUCUCGUGUUGGCUACCACUUCUUAGUGGGUUUUUCUGGGGUUUUGGGACUCUGGUUUUUUAGUUAGACAAGAAGAAAAAGGCUGAGCUUUUGUAGUUAUUCUCUUUAAUUUUUAUUUUUUUUUAAUUUCAUCUGGGCUUUUAGAGGAUUUGAAAGGGGAUUUUUUUUUGGGUUUUAACAUGGUUCUAGGUUCUUCCUCUUUUGUAAAAUAUUAUUUCACUCUUGGCUUUUUCUCCUUUUCCUAAGCUACAGAAGCAAUUGGUAUUUGGCACUUUUCUUGCUUCUUGUACUUUGUAGGGGUUUAGGGUUUUUACUAGUUUCUAUAGAAACUCUCUCCUUUUCUCAAUUACAUCACCAAAAAGGUUUAAUUUUGUAGCUUUUCUUGCAAUCGGGUCUCAGAAUUUCCUCCCCAAUUCAACCGAUUUUCUAUCUGAAUUGGGUUCCUCCGAAUUCCAGGUUUCUCUUUGAAUUCCGUAGUUACGAGUACUAAUUUGUCUGGUAUUCUAAUUCUCAAUUCGUCUCUGUUUAAUUAUCUUCUAUUGGCUGGAUUGGAAAUCCCACUUGAAUUCAAGGUCUUGGACCUUAGAUUCUCGCUAAAGUUUCCAUCUUUUUGAUAUUUUCCUUGUUAUUGUCACCUCUAAAAUGUCUUCUCCAUGUUUAAGUGGAGGUGGGAGAACCUAUGGAUUCGAUCUAGAAAUAGUCAAAUCCUCAUCUACUUCCUCAACAAGAACAUCACACACAUCUUCACCAUCUUCAACUAUCUCUGAAUCUAGCAAUUCCCCAUUAGCAAUCUCAACUAGAAAACCAAGAACAACUCGUAAAAGGCCUAAUCAAACUUACAAUGAAGCAGCUGCCCUUCUUUCCUCUGCCUAUCCAAACGUCUUCUCCAGCAAACACCUCACAAAAUCUAGCAAAUUCACCAAACCCCAUGACAACAGUAUCCUCCUUGACCAAUCUCCUGACUUGUUAUUGCCUUUGCGCGUUUUUGACAACUCUGGAUUCCUACUCCACCAACCAAUCCAAGAAAAACCCAGAUUUGGAAAUGAGUCAAAAGUUGCAAAUCUUAGAGACAAGUCAUCUUGCCAGAGCAGUGGGGAAGUUGACUUCCAUGGGAAUCCAAUGGAAUUAUGUGAUGGUUUUGAUGAGGAAUUCGAUGCCGAAUCGAUUCUUGACGAGGAAAUCGAGGAGGGUAUUGAUAGUAUUAUGGGGAAUUUAAGUGUAGGCAAUGAAAUGGUUGAUGAGGUGCCUAAUGGCAUUAGUCCUAGCUAUGGUCAUGAUGGUGGCCAAACGAAUUCCUGGUAUGGGAAUUCAAUGGAAUAUAAUUUUGGCGGGAAAUCACAAUUUGGUCAUGGAAUGGCGAUGAGAAGAGGUGUGAGAGCUUUGAGACAAGUUGAUGAAGGAAAUUGGUGGCAUUUUCCCUUUGUUGAUAUGUUACAAAUCUCUCCAAGACUCAACACCUCCUCCACCACCCCCACCAAUACCGCGGCUGCCACCAGAAAUGCCAAUGGCAGCAACAGUCCAGAUUGCAAUUCAAUUCCCAAGCCAAAGCCAAAAUCAAAGUUGAAAAUGAAAUCCAACUCGAGCAGCGAAAAGAAGAAAAAGAAACUGGAGAAAGUGGAGAUGCCUGCCGUGGUGGAAAUGAAGAAUGAGGAAUUGGAAGAGGAAAAUCCAAUCAAGGAGAAUUCAAUUCCACAAUCCAAUCAAAGGUUGAUAUUGAAAUUGAAUUACGACAACGUUUUGAAAGCGUGGUCCGACCGUGGUUCGCCAUUUUCCGAGGAAACUAUGGGGUCUGCUGAAGGAACUGAUGUCUCUGCCAGGCUGGCACAAAUUGACUUGUUCUCAGAGAAUGGAAUGAGAGAAGCUAGCGUGUUGCGCUACAAAGAAAAGCGGCGUACACGCCUUUUCUCUAAGAAGAUCAGGUACCAGGUCAGGAAAGUCAACGCUGAUCAACGGCCCAGAAUGAAGGGGAGAUUUGUGAGAAGGCCAAAUCCAAGUACAAGUAGUGAUGAACAUGAGGAGAGGAAAAAGAAGACUUUCAAGUUGUGAAAAUCAUCACCACUUUCAUGAUGAUAUCUUUUGUUUUGUAAUAUUUCGCUUUCUUUCUUUUCAUCUUCUAGUUUAAUUUUCCACACUGAAACAUGAGGAGAUGGAGGCUGGUUAAGGAGAGGAGGGUAUAGAAGUAGGGCCAACUAGGGUUUUUUUUUCUUGGCCUAGGCUUCAAGUAUUCUCUAUAUACUCUCUUUUGUUUUCUAGUCUUUGGAAAGAUGCUUGAAUUUUUGACUUUGUUAAGAAAAAUAAAAAUCAUCAAUACCAUUUAGCAGUA